AUGAGCAAUAAUAUUGAUCUGCCAACGUUAGAGGAAUACGGGUUAUGUCAAAAUGGGUUUUUACCCAAAGAGAUGCCGGUGACGAAAUUAUUGGACGAAUAUUAUAGACAGUGGGAAGCUGUGGCUAAUAAUUUACCUUCAUUACUACUAUCAAAAAAAAUCAGAAGUGUUGUUGAUCGUUUACCUGUUCUUAAAGUCAAGCAAGAAUUAUUGGAAGAUGAGGGACAACUGAGAAGGGCUUACUCGGUGCUAUGCUUUAUUACAAAUGCGUAUAUAUGGGGUUUCGACGAGCCCUGUGAUACUCUCCCGGAUUGCAUUGCCAAGCCACUGCUUAUCAUAUCCGAAAAGUUAGGAUUACCUCCUUUGGCAACGUAUGCAUCUUUGGUGCUGUGGAAUUAUAAACCCAUAGUGGAAGAUCCUGAGCUUGUUGACAACAUCAUGGACCUUUCAAAUUUGACGACGAUUAAUACUUUCACCGGUGGCAUGGACGAAACUUGGUUUUACAUCGUUAGUGUCAUGACAGAAAAGAUUGGUAGUUCCUGCGUCACAUCAGGCUUGCAAGCGAUCAAGGCCGCCAGAAACAAUGAUAUCGAUGCAGUGGUAUCAGAGUUGAAAAGCAUCGCCGAAGCGAUCGAUAAUUUAGGAAGUGUUUUGAUGAAGAUGGAGGCAAUGUGUGAUCCUCAUAUUUUUUAUUUCAGGAUUAGGCCAUACCUUGCAGGCUGGAAAAACAUGGCAGAGGUUGGUUUACCAAAAGGUGUCAGAUAUGGAUCAGAAGGUGAAUACAAAAUAUUCGCUGGUGGCUCAAAUGCUCAAAGUUCACUGAUUCAAGCCUUAGAUAUUCUCUUAAGUGUUGAGCAUUUCCCAAUGGGCAAGAAAGGCUCUGAGGAUCGCAAAACUAUUUCUGCCAACAGCAAUCAAAAUUCCUUUAUCAAUGAUAUGCGUCAGUAUAUGCCCCGCGAACACAGGGAGUUUUUGAAGCAUCUGUCGCUGGUGAGUAAUAUCAGAGAUUUUGUUUUAAAAUCCAACAACAAGAAAUUAACACUGGCAUAUGAUGCAUGUCUGGCCAUGUUGAAAUCCUUCCGUGAUAAACACAUUCAGAUCGUUACCCGUUACGUUGUUUUACAAGCACACAAAAAGACUCCUGGUAAAUCAUCGGGUGUCUUGAGAAGUGGAUUGUCCAAGACUCACGGUAAGAAGGAGCAAAAGGGCACUGGUGGUACCUCUUUGAUACCAUUCUUGAAGCAAUGCAGAGAUGAAACUGGUAGUAAUGCUGCUUCUGACUGGGGUAAGAAGAUUUUGAGCACUGCAGUUUUGGAUGUUCACGAAAACUCAUCGAUCACUGGCGUUCGCAAGAGACAACCUGUGGAAGACGAUGGCUCGAAUGCCAAAAGAACGAAGCAGGGGCUAUCUGGUGAUUGGGAUGUCACUCAUCGCGACAAUGAAGGAGCCACCUACCCAGCAGGUCAUUGGUAA